AGGCACAGAGGCUUUUUGUCGCCAGAGAAAUCACAGGUGUUUUUUCAGAGAGAGCAGCAGGAGGCAUUGCAAGCAGAUCUUUGAUGCUGCGGAUCAGAGAUGGACCCUGGUGAAAACUGGAAGCUGGAUGAAACAAACUGGUUGUCUCAUGGUGGGAUCCACCCCUUUUCCAAUGUGAAAGGAGGCUCCACAUCUGUUUGUUACAAGCCUACCAGCCCAGUCCAGGUACUGGAAGACUCUGGCUUUCUCUACCAGGAUCAGUUGUUUGCUGGCAGGCAUGAAGUGUCCCCGCUAACGGCUGAAGUGAUCAGUGCCAAAGAAAAAGCUGCCGAGGAGACGCUCUGCACCCUGCACCCGCCCAGCUUCCGCCGUGUGCCAGAGGCGGAGAUGCGAGGGGCGGAGGAGGUGGCAGCCGGCACCGUCCUGCAGCGCCUGAUCCAGGAGCGGCUGAGGUAUGGCAACCCCAGCGAGAACAUGAACCUGCUGGCCAUCCAGCACCAGGCGACGGGCAGCGCCGGCCCCUCCAACAGCACUGCCAGCACUCUCUCUUCCGCAGAAAACCUUGCUCCCGAAGACCUGCCAAUGGUCCAGCCGUCAGGGCGGCAGGAACCACAGGGGCAGGAGCACCAGGGGGACGGUGCUGCCAUGGAGAAGCAGCCUCGGGCCCCGCAGCCCCCGCACAGCACCGAGGAGCUCCCCACCUACGAGGAGGCCAAGGCUCAAUCCCAGUUUUUCCGUGGCCAGCCCGCACCACCAGCCACCGCCGCCACACCGGGUUUUUAUGGCUCCUCCAGCCAAAAGUCCAGGACGGAGGGGAGGCCUACGGUGAACCGGGCCAACAGCGGGCAGGCGCAUAAGGAUGAGGCGCUGAAGGAGCUGAAGCAGGGCCACGUCCGCUCGCUGAGCGAGAGGAUCAUGCAGCUCUCUCUGGAGAGGAACGGGGCCAAGCAGCACCCCCCAGCCCCAGGAGGUGGGAAGGGUUUCAAGGCAGCCCCACAACCCAGCAAGGCCGCGGACCCACGGGGCCCGCCUCCCGAGUACCCUUACAAAGGCAAGGCAGCAGCCCCAGGCAGCAAGGCGCAGGAGCAUGGGCUCUUCUACGGUGAGCAAUCGUCACAAGAUGUCCUCAAGGCCGCCUACGCCGCCCCCCAGCCCGCCCGGGCAGAGAUGGCCCUCGUGCGCUACCAGCCGCCCCCAGAGUACGGGCUCAGCAGCCGACAAUGCCCGCCACCCUUCCCGCCGCCGCCGGCCCAGCAGCACAGCCCCAUGUCCUCGCAGGCCACCGCUGGCCCUCUGCUCCCAGGCUCCUUGCCCCCGCUGCCGGCCCCCGUGGCUGCCCAGACCCCGACACUGCCGGGCCAGCAGCUGACACCCGACGCCUUUGCCAUCGUGGAGCGGGCGCAGCAGAUGGUGGAGAUGCUCUCCGAGGAGAACCACGUGCUGCGGCAGGAGCUGGAGGGCUACUACGAGAAGGCAGACAAGCUGCAGAAGUUUGAGAUUGAGAUUCAGAGGAUUUCAGAAGCUUAUGAAGGUUUGGUGAAGACCACCACUAAGAGGGAGUCCCUGGACAAAGCGAUGAGAAACAAACUUGAAGGAGAAAUUAGGAGACUUCAUGACUUCAACAGGGAUCUCCGUGAACGACUGGAGACAGCCAAUAGGCAGCUGGCCAGCCGAGACUUCGAUGGGCACGAGGAUAAGGCAACAGAGGGCCUUUAUGCCACUCAGAACAAAGAGAACUUGAAGGAGAAGGAAAAGUUGGAGAUGGAGCUGGCAGCUUUGCGUUCAGCCAAUGAGGACCAGCGGAGGCACAUUGAAAUCCUUGACCAGGCCCUAAACAAUGCACAAGCCAAGGUUAUCAAGCUGGAAGAGGAGCUGCGCAGGAAGCAGGCCUACGUGGAGAAGGUGGAGAAGCUGCAGCAGGCGCUGACACAGCUGCAGGCAGCCUGUGAGAAGAGGGAGCAGAUGGAGCGGCGGCUGCGCACACGCCUGGAGAGAGAGCUGGACUCGCUGAGGAUGCAGCAGAGGCAGGGCAGCUACCAGGCAAGCAGCCUUCCAGAGCAUAAUGCCCCGGCCCUGAUGGAGCUGGUGCGGGAGAAGGAGGAGAGGAUCCUGGCCUUGGAAGCUGACAUGACCAAGUGGGAGCAGAAGUACCUGGAGGAGAGUACGAUCCGGCACUUUGCCAUGAACGCUGCAGCCACAGCUGCCACAGAGAGGGAUGCCUCGGCCCCGAGCCACUCGCACAACAGCAGCUACGGCGAGGCGGCGCUGGAGGUGCGGGGCUGGCAGGAGGAGGAGGAGAUCGUGCAAGCCAACCGCCGCUGCCAGGACAUGGAGUACACAAUAAAAAAUCUCCACGCCAAAAUAAUUGAGAAGGAUGCCAUGAUCAAGGUCCUUCAGCAGCGGUCGCGGAAGGACCCUGGAAAAGCUGACAGCGCCAGCCUGCGGCCGGCUCGCUCCGUGCCCUCCAUCGCCGCCGCUGCUGGCGCGCACUCGCGCCAGACCUCGCUCACCAGCAACCAGAUAGCUGAGGAGAGGAAGGAGGAAAAGCUCUGGAAGGGAAGCAUAGGGCUGCUCUUGGGAAAGGAGCACCACGACCACCCAUCAGGCCCCUCUCUGCCUCCUCCUCUGCCCUCCUUGUCCUGCAUGCCCGUCCCAGUGCCAGCAGCCCACGCCAAGACGGGCAGCAAGGACAGCAGCACCCAGACGGACAAAACCACAGAGCUCUUCUGGCCCGCCACCGCCUCCUUCCCCGGCCGGGGACGCCUGGGUGCCACCUCUUCACACAGCCCAGCCCCACGGCCCCUGGGGACACGAGUGGCCGGCGAGAAACUGGAGAACUCCAGCCACGGGAAGCUGCCUGACAGCAAAGGCAGAGUGAGCAGCCUGCUCCACAAGCCUGAGUUUCCAGAUACAGACAUGAUGGAAGUCCUCAUCUGAGCAGAGGACAGCAUCUCUGCGGUUUUGUGUGUGUACAGCCAGGCCCAAGAUGGUCCUCGGUGUGCCAACCUUGAAAACUAACCCUGAGAGUCUGAAAAAAGACAAAGUUUAUUCCCAAAUUGAAGCUAGAGUCUGACACGUUGAGACUUUUCACCAGGCGAGAAGUCAAGAGCACUGAAGAGGAGUGAUGAAAUGAACGUCUGACAUUUUCUGAACAGAAAGGGUCAUUGAAAAUGGAAAGUGGUGUGAGAAAGGGAGUGUUGAGGAAAAAGGAAGCUGUUUUCUGGCAUAAAGAGAAAGUAGUGAAGUUACAGACUGGUUGCACGCUGCUGCUCUGUUUUCCUGCCUCAGCAACCAGGACAGGGAGUGAAAUCCUGUCUCUUUGGAGGCCAGAGAAAGUUUCUGAAUAAUCCAGGAAAAACUUGCAUCUUCCUCCAUAUCAAUGCAUUUCUGAAACAUUUCAGUCUCAAAAAAUUCACUUCUUAAUUUUUGUGAAUAAUUGGUCUGUAGAUGUACAUGGCAGGUUCUUGUAAGUAUUUGUUUGAAGUGGCAUUGGCGUGGCUUUCCUGGGCAGGCAGGUCAGGUGCCUCUUUCCUGGCCGGACAAGUGUUUCUCUUGGAGCCAAAUUUACAGUACAAAUAUUCAUGUCUUGCAACCUCAGAGCUUGCUGAGACUUCUUUUUUUGAUAGGAGCAGUUGUUGGCUGGAAUUCUCCUGGUGGAUGAAUGCAGAAGGGGGAGGGGGGACCCUGCUGAAGCAAACCCUGUUGUAACCAUAGGAAAGUUUCAGGAGGGAAAGUUGGGGGAGGAUCCCAGCAGCUCCCUAAAGGGCUGUGAGUUACAGAGUUCCUUCAGAGGGGAGCUGCAUGGGUUUGUUUUUAGAGGAGUUAAGCUGGGUUGCCAUGUGAGAUCAGAAGAUACCUCUUUCUGGGCACUGGUUCAUCGUGUUUGAAGAGCCAGUGU